AUGGAGGAGGCGCCGCUCCUGGGCCCCGACGACGCCAUGGUGGGGGAGCUGUUCGGCGCCGACGGCCCCUUCGCCGACGAGGCCGUGAAGCCGGAGGACGACGCCUUCCAGGUGUUCCCGGACCCCCUGCUGCAAGCCUUCAGCCCGCCACCGCCCCCCGACGCCCAGGGCCCGACGAAGGCCGAGCUGCUGGGGGGCGACGACGGCGCCCUGGGCGACUUCGCGGGCCUCCCGGAGCUGCACCCGCUGGAGGACCCCGCCGUGCCCGCCGCGACGCCCCUGCCGCCCGCCUACAACGUGCACUUCCUCUCGUCCCUGCUGGGCCCCCACCGAAGUCCGGCCGUGCUGCCCCUGGGCACCUGGCCACGCGACUCGGCCGCCGCGCCCCCCGCCGUGCGCAUGAUCCCCGUUGAAAUAAAAGAAGUAGGUGGUACUGUUGCAGGCAGUAGUUCAGAAGAAGCAACUUUCCAGAAUACUCUUGCUCAGGAACCCUGUUGCAAGUUCCCUUCAUCACAAGAAGCAGACAACAUCUCCAGCUGCUCUCAUCAGAAAGACUGUAACCCAAUGGUGAUAUGUCAAUUGAAAGAUGGUACACAAAUGUUGUGUAUUGACAAUUCUGGCGCAAGAGAACAAAAAGCACUUCAUUUGGUUCCUCAGUAUCAAGACCAAAAUAACUAUCUACAGUCAGAGGUCCCGAAACCAAUGACUACAUUAGUAGGAAGAUUUCUGCCCGUACCAGCGAAGUUAAAUCUCAUUAACCAACAACUUGAUAAUGGAGCUUUACCAUCUGUAUCCAAUGGUUCUGCUUUCCCUUCAGGAUCGACUCUUUCAGGACCCCCCAAAAUAACUUUGGCAGGGUACUGCGAUUGCUUUGCCAGCGGGGGCUUCUGCAACAACUGCAACUGCAAUAAUUGCUGCAACAAUUUACGGCAUGAACUCGAGCGGGUUAAGGCCAUUAAGGCGUGUCUGGACAGGAACCCGGAAGCUUUCCAGCCCAAGGUCGGGGAUGGGCAGCUGGGAGCUGUCAGGCCGCGGCAUAACAAAGGCUGUAAGUGCAAGAGGUCAGGCUGCCUGAAGAACUACUGUGAGUGCUUCGAGGCCCAAAUCAUGUGUUCUUCUAUUUGCAAAUGCAUUGGCUGCAAAAAUUAUGAAGAAAGCCCAGAACGAAAAGCUCUCAUGAACAUGGCAAACUGUCUGGGUGCUGGAGACUUUGAAGGCAGUCAGCAUUUCUCACCGAGCAAACUGUCAGUGUUCCCCAAAUUCAGGAAGGAGAGGUGCGUCGCCUCCUGCAUCUCCUGGGAAGUGGUGGAAGCCACCUGUGCCUGCCUGCUGGCUCAGGGCGAAGAGGCCGAGCGGGAGCACUGCUCCCAGGGCCUGGCUGAGCAGCGGGUCUUGGAGGAGUUUGGCAGGUGCCUCUCGCAGAUCCUCCGCAUUGACUUCGAAGCCAAAGGGCUGAAAAUGGAGUAG